GGCGGCGGGUAGAGGGUGUUUUUUUUUUUUUUUUCUUUUCCCUCCAGAGCGGGGGUUUGUAAACUGAAGCCAAAGAGUGUCCCCGUGGGCCGGGCGCACUUUUUUCUUGUCCCUGUGCGCUCAGGGCCGCCUGGUGCCUGAGAGGAAACAGUGGAGGCAGCGGGGCAGGUCACCCGGGGCGUCGGCGAUUAUAUUGCGGCCGAGCCGGGGCGCUCUGGGAGAGGCCGGGAGGGCGGCGGCGCGCGGGGGCUGGGCGAGGCCCCGCGACCGCGAGGGAGGCGGCGCGAAGCCGAGGCGGCGGGCGCGAAAGCCGGGCAUGAGAGCUCAGUAGCUGAGCGCCCGCAGCUGCCGGGCCUCAGAGGCGACGCGCCGGCGGGCGGGUGGCAGCAGCGACGUAGCCCGGCGGCCCCAGCUGCGCGAGCAGCCGCCCCAGAGGUCCUCGCGGCAGUGCGGCCGAGCCGAGGCUCGCUCCCUGCCUGCUCUGCGCCGCCCGCCCGCCCGGGGCCGCUCUACGUCGGCCCCCGGCCGCCGCCGCCGCCGCCGCCCGGAUGAGUUCGUACUUCGUGAACCCGCUGUACUCCAAGUACAAGGCGGCGGCCGCGGCGGCGGCCGCAGCAGCAGCGGCGGCGGGUGAGGCCAUCAAUCCCACUUACUACGAUUGUCACUUCGCGCCCGAGGUCGGCGGCCGCCACGCCGCCGCCCUGCAGCUCUAUGGCAACAGCGCAGCCGGCUUCCCGCACGCGCCCCCGCAGGCGCACGCGCACCCGCACCCGUCCCCGCCACCCGCGGGGCUUGGGUGCGGCGGUGGGGGCGGCCCCGGCCCCGGCCAGGACUACUUCCACCCCGGUGGGGGCAGCCCGGUCUCUGCCUACCGGGCCGCCCCCCCUCCUCCUCCGCCUCCGCCGCCGCCUCCCCCCUGCGGUGGGAUUGCCUGUCACGGGGAGCCCGCGAAGUUUUACGGAUACGAUAACUUACAGAGACAGCCGAUUUUUACGACCCAGCAAGAGGCCGAGCUGGUACAAUAUCCUGACUGUAAAUCGUCCAGUGGUAAUAUUGGCGAGGACCCAGACCACUUAAAUCAGAGUUCGUCUCCUUCUCAAAUGUUUCCCUGGAUGAGACCACAAGCAGCUCCUGGUAGACGAAGAGGAAGACAAACCUACAGUCGCUUCCAAACCCUAGAGCUGGAAAAGGAAUUCCUUUUUAACCCUUAUCUGACCAGGAAAAGAAGAAUCGAGGUUUCCCACGCCCUAGCCCUCACCGAGAGACAGGUAAAAAUUUGGUUCCAGAACAGGAGAAUGAAAUGGAAAAAGGAGAACAACAAGGACAAAUUUCCCGUUUCCCGGCAGGAAGCGAAGGAUGGGGAAACCAAAAAGGAAGCCCAAGAGCUGGAAGAAGACAGAGCCGAAGGCCCGAUAAAUUAACUUCAACGUUUAAAUUUUUAUCACAGACUAUUAAAACUAAUGAUCAACAUAUGCUGGUGGACACCACCAAUUUUCUUUGUUGGAAAGGACCUUACCUGUGUUUCAAGCUACCUUCAUGUCACUGCUCUUAAGGUUUCUGCGCUUUGAGAGGCAUUUGGGUGUUUUUAAAAAAAGUUUCUAGUAUGACAUAGAAGCAGUCCUUGAGCUGUCCUAUGAAAGGGUAAUUUGAUACUGACCUUGGAGCUAUAUUUUUAUAAUGGUAGUUUUUUAAUGUCUGAGCUGAUGAUUUGCCUCAACAACGUAAACUUCCUAAUGAUUAGCACUAAGUAAUUGAAUAUAAAAUGCUUUAUUAAUCAAACAAGUGCACUUGAACAUUUAAAAUCUUUUCUUUAUGGUGAGUAAGUUAAGAGAAGUCUAUUAAUUUUUUUAAAAAAUUACGCCUACGGAAUAUUUGCUUUAUAUUAUUUGAUUAAAAUGUAUUAUUUAUGUUUUUCUUUCUGCUUUUACAAUGAAUGGUUCCAGUGCCUUUUGUUUACUCCUAAAGGGUUUCUUUAUUUUGUAAAUGUAAUAUCUCUCGGGGAAAUGUCUGGGCUAAAUAUUCGAAAAGCACAUGUGAGCUGAAAAGUGUAAUGUGUAGUCCUGACUCUGCAGCUUCCUUAAAUUGGAGAAAGUGUUGGGCCCGUGACAAAAGUUUCAGGACAAUGUCAAAGUACACAUUUAAUCAUUUUUUCUAUAGUCCAUACAAAUUAUGGCAAUUAAUAAUUUAGAGUGAAUGAAUACUUGAAAAACCAAUUGUAACAUUUUCACUCAAUUAACUUUUCACUCUGGCAAGUCGCUUUGUAGAAUGCAUCUCAUUUCUCAGCUCGCUUUCGUUUUGAACCGCGCUUUUAACCGUCUGAAAUCGCUAGGUCUCUUAUGCCGCUGCAGCCGCUGUGAUUCCGUUGUUUUGAGUAGGUGCCAUAUUUAUUUGUAUUCCCUUCGCUCUGUUCGCUCGCUCAUAGUAAGCCACCUUGCUGUGCGCGUCUCAGCUGUUGGCUGGUACGUCCUCUGCUGUUCUUCAGGAAUGCGAUGGCUUCACCUAUUUGAAACAAGCCCCGAGCGCAAAUGCAAAAAACCUGAAUGUAAACAACUAUUCCAGAACAUAGCUAGCUCCUUAAUAAAGAAAUGAAUCUC